AUGAAGAAGACUCUUCUUCUUGUCUUCAUCCAUGGGUUUCAGGGCGGAAACGACACCUUUGGCAACUUUCCCGCGCAUCUGCGCGCCAUCACCAGCACUGCGCUCCCUAACAUCGAUGUGAUCACGGUCACAUACCCACAAUUCGAGACAAGAGGUGAUUUGCGAGGCUGUGUGAGCAGGCUCAGAGAAUGGCUGCAGAAUACCGUGAUAGACAUUGAAGUCUCAAACCAAGCACCCUCGCCUACGGUGGAUCCUUCGGUCCACGUUAUCCUAAUCGGGCAUUCGAUGGGAGGGAUUGUCGCCGCGGAGGUAGUGUGUCUGCUUGCCUCUGAAAAUUUGAUAGGUUCAUCAAAUAUCUCGGCGUCCGUUGAGCAAAACAACUUCAUGUUCCCACACGUUCAAGGGGUCAUGGCAUUUGAUACUCCUUUUCUCGGCAUCGCCCCGGGCACGGUUUCGUACACGGCCGAGAACCACUAUAAUACCGCCUCCACGGCAUAUGGUGCUAUAACGGACGUUGCGAGCGUCUUUGGCUGGGGUUCGAAAAAGGAUUCUCGCUCCAGUGCUGGAGCUGCCUCGCAAGCGGCUGCUAAAACCCCGACCCCAGCGCCUCUCCCCACACCUGCGUCGCCGGUUGGUGAUGCGGCAGCCGCGCCGCCAUGGCAACGCUGGGGCCGCUAUGCCAUGUUUGCAGGCGCCGCCGGCGCCAUGGCGGCCGGGGGUGCCGCAGCCCUGUAUUCGCAGCGAGACCGGUUUUCAGCAGGCUGGGCCUGGGCUACUUCGCACCUAGAAUUUGUCGGCUGCCUAGCUCAGCCUGAGGACUUGCGUAAGAGGGUUGCUGCCCUCACUCAACUACGGAAAGAACGCAACCUAGGCUGCGCCAACUUUUAUACUCGUCUCGGCAGGGGUGCAGUGGCGGUGCCAUCUGAGGCUCCUGAUAGUGCUGCGCCACAACAAUUUUCGAUCAGUCGGCAUAUAGUUCGGUCCAAGGUGCGGACGUUCUGCAAUCUUCCCCGCGAUGUAGAGGACAGUAAUUCGUCAAAAGCCUCUAAGCAGGAGGAGGGACUUAAGUGGAUCGAAGCAGUGAACGAUAAGGUUGCUGAUGAAACAAAGGCGCAUAUCAGUAUGUUUUUGCCUUCUGAAAACCCUGCAUUUUAUUACAUGGCACAUCGAGCUCGAGACCUGUUGAUCACCUGGGUCGAUAAGGGCUGGUAUUCUGCCGCUGGCGACACGUCUUCUCGGAAUACCGGGCCUGAUGAUGAUAGUCAAAGCGCAAACAGGGGUCCCACAGAUCCUGACCGCGUAGCUGUCAUAGAGUGA